GAUUCAGACUUAAUUAUCCCGGCGUUCCAGCAGCUGAGUUCAGGCUGGAACACACAUCGACUUCAAAGGCAGAGGGAAUCGAAGGUGCUCCCCAGCUUUGGACACUUCCUGCGCUUGAGAUGCGAGGGAAGACGGUGCUGGUCGCCUGGGGAUGCUUCCUCCUGUGGAAUCUCUACGUCUCACCCUCUCAGACCACGUACCCCGGGAUCAAGGCAAGGGUCACUCAGCGGGCACUGGACUAUGCUGUUCAAGCUGGGCUGGAGAUGAUUGAGGAGAUGAUAAAGGAAAAGAACAUCCCAGAUUUAAAAGGGUCUGAAUCUCUUGAAUUUCUGAAGAUUGAUUAUGUGGACUACAAUUUUUCAAACAUAAAAAUCAACGCCUUCUCGUUUCCAAACACUUCACUAGCCUUCGUGCCUGGGGUGGGAAUCAAAGUCCUGACCAACCACGGCACAACCAACAUCAGCACAGAUUGGGAAAUCAGGUCUCCACUUUUCCAAGACUCAGGAGGAGCUGAUCUGUUUCUCUCUGAAAUCUACUUUACUGGUAUCAUUAUCCUGACCCAGAAUGACUUUGGCCACCCAGCUCUGAAGCUCCAGGACUGCUUUGCCCAAGCCAGCCAUGCCCAUGUCUCAUUUUCUGGAGAUCUCAGUGUCCUGUAUAACUCCUUUGCUGAACCCAUGGAGAAACCCAUUUUAAAGAAUUUAAAUGGAAUGCUCUGUCCCAUUAUCACAAAUGAAGUGGAAGCACUGAAUGUCAACCUCAGCACGCUGGAGGUUUUAACCAAGAUCGACAACUAUACUCUACUGGAUUAUUCCCUGGUUGGUCCUCCAGAAAUCACUGAGCAUUACCUUAACCUGAAUCUGAGGGGCGUAUUCUACCCUCUGGAAAACCUGGCCGACCCCCCCUUCUCGCCAGUUCCUUUUGUGCUUCCGGAACGCAGCGACUCUAUGAUCUACAUUGGAAUCUCCGAGUAUUUCUUUAAAUCUGCUUCCUUUGCUCAUUUCGUAGCUGGGGCCUUCGGUGUCACCCUCUCUACCAAGGAGAUUUCCAAGCAUUUCAUUCAGAACUCUCAAGGUCUUGGCAACGUGCUUUCCCAGAUUGCAGAGAUCUACAUCUUGUCCCAGCCCUUCAUGCUGCAGAUCAUGGCCACGGAGCCUCCCACGGUCAACUUGCAGCUGGGCAACUUCACCCUGGACAUCCCUGCCUCCAUCAUGAUGCUCACCCAACCCGAGAACUCAACGGUCCAGUCCAUUGUCUCCAUGGACUUCGUUGCUAGUACCAGUGUGGGCCUGGCUAUUUUGGGACAAAGACUGAUCUGCUCAUUGUCUCUGAAAAGAUUCCGCCUGACUGUGCCAGAGUCCAACCGCAGUGAUAUCAAGAUCUUGAGGUUUGAGAAUAUUCUGUCCUCCAUUCUUCACUUUGGAGUCCUCCCACUGGCCAACACAAAAUUGCAGCAAGGAUUUCCUCUGCCCAACCCACACAAGCUCUCAUUCGUCAAUUCAGACAUCGAAGUUUUGGAGGGUUUCCUUUUGAUUUCCACCGACCUGAAGUAUGAAACUUCCUCAAAACAGCAGCCAAGUUUCCAUGGUUGGGAAGAUCUGAGCCUGCUAAAUGGACAGUGGAUGAGGAAAGCAGCCCCUUGACUGCCUGUUCACCACACCCCCUGAGGAAUCGAAUGGCCCUUAAUCCCACAGUAACUGUAAGACUAUGCACACUGGAAUCUUAAAACCCUUGUGCAUGACUUAGGCCGAAAGUUAUCCCUGGGCAGGCUUCUGGGACCCAGAGUGAGGCCCACUGGGUUAAAGGGCUAAAUACAGGGGUACGUGCUGUGUGGAGGGGCAAGGGUUUGUUUGUGAGUGUGUGCAAGCUAUGUGCCUGUGUUUAUAAGGUUCCAGGGACAAGAGCUACACAUAUAUUUAAACCAAGUGGGUCAGCAACUCUUUAAGUUUGUAUUUGUAUUGGUUGUUAUCAAUUCAGAUCCUCCAGCUCCUUAGAGUUUCCCCUACCUGCAUGUUGGAUUUUAUGUUUUUUAUUCACUGUUACCAUCCCCUGUGUUUAAUUAAAAUUGUUUUCUAUCAA